CCAAAGCUGCCCGGAGCACUUCUCAGAAGCAGGGCAACUGCAGAUAGGGACACUCAGCAUGAACCAACACCCAGGGCUAGUCCUUACCAUGUGCUCGAAUCACAAGCUCAAUGGGCAAGUAAUACCUGAAUUACAUGGGUACACUGCUGCUUCUCAUCAAUUCAGCAAUAAACGUAGCAAGUCCUAAUGGUGGUGAUGAUGUUUGCAUAUUAAGAUACCCAGCAAGUCAAAGGCAGAAGUGAAAAAAUCAUUUAACGUUCAACGCUCUGCCACAGAAGUCAGCAGCAGCUCCAGAACAUCCUGCGAGUCUCGGGAACCUUCAUAUCAACCCAGUGGUCGCUUGUCUCUACUGGAGAGCUGCACAAAGGCAAAUGAAGCUGCCAAGGCAGCAUUUUCGCAGCCCAAAGCAGCUCUCUGUCAGCCCAAAGCCCUCAGCAGGGGCUGAGAGUGGCUCAGCCCCACCACAGCCAGAGCUCAGAGUAGGCUCUGCAACCUUCCACCAGCGGCAACGCACCUCUUCCUUGUAGGUACUCUACCUCUUCCUUCUCUAAAACGAACGGGGCCAAAAGUAAGCCUUGUUUUUCCACUCUCAUUCUCCUCGUUUUCUUUCCAUAGCUUACUUUUCCAUGCUGGCAGACCUUCUAUCCCUUCAUUUUCCUCUCUCCGCUUCCCUCCCUUUCCCCCUCCCCCUGCUUUCUCUCCCUCUGCACUUUGUGAACUGCUGCUGCAGUGCUGAAGUCCAAAGUUCAGUAACUUGCUAAGCACACAGAUAAAUAUGAACCUUGGAGAAUUUACCAAUGUAAACAGAUAGCCAAGGGUCCCUUUAUCAGCACUGGCUCAGGACAGUCGUGGGGGGUCUGAAGUGGCUCAAUUUUGUAUUUUGUUUUUUUUGGGGGGGGCGUAAAGGCGGGAGGCUGCGCUGUGCCCGCUGCUGACAGUCGGGCGUGUUACCUCGGGAACAUGGUGUAGGGAAGCUGGAAGCAGGAUAACGUGGAACUCAAGCCCAAGAGACACCAGCCUGAAGACCAUGGUCUCGAAGCUGAGCCAUCUUCAAGUGGAGCUGCUGGGAGCGCUGCUGGAGUCGGGGCUAACCAAGGAGACCCUGAUCAAGGCACUGAGCGAAGCGGAACCCUACAUGCUCCAGAGUGAAAGUCAGCACGCUAUCAAUGCCCUGCAGACAGAGAAAGGGGAGUCCUGCCCCGAAAUCCCCAACCUCCCCAAUGGAAUGGGGGAAACCAGGUUAUCGGAAGAUGAAACCUCUGAUGACGGGGAGGAAUUCACCCCUCCGAUAAUGAAGGAGUUGGAAAACUUGAGCCCUGAGGAGGCUGCUCACCAGAAGGCUGUGGUGGAAAGACUAUUACAAGAGGAUCCCUGGCGGGUAGCAAAGAUGGUGAAAUCCUACCUCCAACAGCACAACAUCCCUCAGCGCGAGGUGGUGGACACUACUGGUCUGAACCAAUCUCACCUCUCGCAGCACCUCAACAAGGGCACUCCCAUGAAGACCCAAAAAAGGGCAGCCCUCUACACCUGGUACGUCCGCAAGCAGCGAGAGGUGGCCCAGCAAUUCACACACGCUGGUCAGGGGAUCUUGACAGAGGAGCCCAUGGGAGAUGAUCUGCCCACCAAGAAGGGACGAAGAAACCGCUUUAAAUGGGGUCCUGCCUCGCAACAGAUUCUGUUCCAAGCCUACGAGAGACAGAAAAACCCCAGCAAAGAAGAGAGAGAGGCUCUGGUUGAAGAGUGCAACAGAGCAGAGUGCAUUCAGAGAGGCGUUUCCCCAUCUCAGGCCCAGGGACUGGGCUCCAACCUGGUGACCGAGGUGCGAGUUUACAACUGGUUUGCCAACCGCAGGAAGGAGGAGGCCUUCCGGCACAAGCUGGCCAUGGACAACUUCAGCGGGCCGCAGCCCACCUCUGCUCCCCCUCUAACUGCUCACAACUCCUCCUCCCUUCAGCCACCUCCUGCUCUCUCACCCACCAAAGUUCACGGAGUGAGGUACAACCAGCAGCCAGCCAGUGAGGCAGAGUCCUCCAGCAGCAACCACCACGGGAACAGCUCCAUGGUGACCACCCAAACCAUCCUGCACCAGGUUUCUCCCCCUGGGCUGGAGCCCAGCCAGAACCUUCUGAGCACAGACACCAAGCUGAUCUCAGCUCCCGGAGGAACUCUCCCCCCCGUCAGCACCCUGACUGCCCUGCACAGCCUCGAGCAAAACCCCCACGCGCUGGGCCAGCAAACGCAGAACCUCAUCAUGGCAUCGCUGCCCGGAGUGAUGGCAAUCGGGGCUGGCGAGACCUCAUCCCUAGCACCAGCGUUCACCAACACCGGCGGCUCCACCCUCGUCAUAGGCCUGACUUCAACCCAGCCCCAGAGCGUACCUGUGAUCAACAGCAUGGGGAGCAGCCUCACCACCCUGCAGCCUGUCCAGUUCUCCCAGCAGCUGCACCCGUCCUACCAGCAGCCCCUCAUGCAGCAGGUCCAGAGCCACAUCAACCAGAGCCCCUUCAUGGCUACCAUGGCCCAGAUACAGAGCCCUCACGCUCUCUACGGCCCCAAGUCUGAAGUGGCCCAAUACACACACACAGGCCUCUUACCACAAACCAUGGUGAUAACGGAUACAGCCAACCUCAGCGCCCUGACCAACCUGACGCCAACUAAACAGGCAUUCACAUCUGACUCAGAAACCCACACAGACUCUGGGAUCCAUACACCAGUCUCACAGGCACCAACGAUACACCUACAGAACCAAGACACAACCAUCCAGCACCUCCAGCCGGGCCCUCGCCUCACCUCAAGCCCUGCUGUGUCCUCCAGCAGCCUGGUGCUGUACCAGAGCUCCGACUCCACCAACAGCCACAGUCAGCUGCUGCCAUCCACUCACAACGUCAUUGAGACCUUCAUCUCCACGCAGAUGGCAUCCUCCACUCAGUAACACCAAGACAACCACCCAAAGGGAGGCUGCCAGGACCAAGGCAUACAGUGCAACUCCUACUGUGCUUGCCAUCACUGUCACCGCUGCCUUCCACUGGAAGGAAUGGUUGCAGGAGUCAUCCAGCCUCCAGCCCCCACUGCCUCAUAAAUCCCUCAUUCAGCUGCCUCCAGAGGAGAUGGCUCAGGCUCAGAGCAGGAGCUAUGGAACAGUGAUGCUGGCGCUGAUAGGAUCCACUGACCCCCAGAACCAAACCAAAUCCCACAAACCAGCCUAGAAUGACCAGACAUCCUUGUGGCUGCUGAAGAAGGAGUGCUAUAAAGUCAGAGAUCUGAUUGGAAUAUGGCAAAAAUGCCAAGACGUAAGUGGAACUUUUGUUCUGCUCACCUUCACUAGGUUGGACCUCCACAAACCUGCCAACACCAAAGCAAGCCACGCAGAAAAGAGCAAAACUGAGCUGCCAAAAAAGGGACACCAUCUUGAAAACACUCACCUCCUUUGCCAUAAGGAAUCCCAAACUGGAAUUAUGAGAGAUAAUAUCAACUUGGAGGCGAGAGUGAGAACCUGGCUUCUGACUUUGCAAUGAAAUUCACCAGGAAACUGAACCAGGAAUGGCUUGGCAAAAACCUGUCAGUAUCAGAUCACUGACUACAAGUUAUAAACCCCUUAAUUAACUACAAAAUCCCAAACAUUCUCAGUUCAAAACGACCUACUCUAAAAUCAUGCUAUCCUAGCGGAAAUGGCUUGGUUAUUAUUAUUAUUUUUUAUCUAGCUCUGCUUUGUUUUAAAUGCAGAAAUUAAAGUUUAACAGCCGCAA